UUAUUUGCAAGUUUAGACCUUAAAUUAACCUUGCUACGGCCAAAAACAGGAAAACGUUUAGUAUUCUCCAACACUGUUGAUAAUAAGAUUAAGUUCACAUUGUUUGGUUUGGUUAUUACAGUGUACUUAGGAUUUUAAUCUUAUCUCCAUUUAAUAAAAGUGCAGAACAAUAACAGAUCCACUUGGUGUCUCGUUCUGUGUGCGUAUUUUUCCAAUUUUACAACAAAGUGUUUUUAUCUAUUAUUAGUACCGCGUAUUACGAGUGCAAUGGCCAACAAAUCACUUGGGCCUCCUGAGACCCGUAUAGUUGCAAGUUCAUCUCUGGAAUCGGCUGACUACGAUUCAAUUAUUUUGAUAUACACACCUGGCCAAACAUUGCCGUCCGCAAUUUCUGGAGUAGUGACCGAUGCCUUGUCUCUAGAUCCAGGAUUAGAAACAGAAUUGGCUGUUCUGUCCACUAAGCUACCUUCAAAGAAGCUGAUUUAUUCUCCAACAGGCCCGAUUGAUCCAGAUUAUGAAGAUGUUCGUAUUUAUGAAGAAGCGGCAGAAAAAGCAAUAAAAAGAGCUUUAAAAUCGGGUAGUAAGAAACCCUUGGUGUUCCUUCCACCAGAUUCAAACUUUUCAAAAAGCCAAUUAGUGACCUUAUUAGGCAUCUUGAAAAUCAUAUAUACACCCAUACAAGUUCGUGAACACGACCCUUCAAAAACAAAUAAACUGGAACAUGUAGGAGUUUGGACUGGAGAUGAAAAAACUCUUCCAAGCUUGAUCGAAACGGCGCUAACUCUAGAAAAUGGCCGUCGCGUUGCACGUGACAUCGGACAAGCAGAUCCAGAGAGAAUGGCCCCACCUCGUAUCGAAGAAUACGUUAGGAAUAUUUUCGCCAAUACGCCAAUAAAAGUGGACGUAGUGGAUGAUAUAACGAAAAUUUCCAAAGAAUAUCCGUUAUUCGAGGCAGUAAACAGAGCCGCUAGUUGCCAGGAAAGACACAGAGGGCGUCUGAUAUUCCUGGAAUACAAUCCACCGGAGUCUGUUAAACAGACCUUGUUCUUGGUAGGAAAAGGUGUUACCUACGACACUGGCGGCGCUGAUGUUAAAAUUGGCGGGGGCAUGAGAGGCAUGUCAAGAGAUAAAUGUGGUGCGGCUGCAGUUCUAGGCUUUAUGCACCUCGUCCAAAAUUUUGCUCCUAAAAACCUUAGGGUCGUAGCAGGAGUAGGAAUAGUAAGAAAUAGCAUCGGUUCUAAUAGCUAUGUAGCUGAUGAAGUGAUUACAGCUAGAUCGGGUGCUAGAGUACGUGUUGUCAACACAGAUGCCGAGGGGCGAAUGAUAAUGGCAGAUAUUCUUUGCAGGUUCAAAGAAGAGGCCUUAAAUGCAGUUAAUCCCCACCUGUUUACUAUUGCUACGUUGACAGGUCAUGCCUGUUUGACGGUAGGCGACGGUUACUCCAUAGUCAUUGAUAAUGGUCCUGCGUACAAAUCUGGCUACUCCAGGAAACUACAAGAACAAUCUGAGGAAAUAGGCGACCCCUUCGAAAUAUCUACUUUGAGGAAAGAGGACAUUGCUGGACAUAGAGGAGUUGCAGAGGGCGAUGACGUACUUCAAGGACUACCUAAGCCUUCUUCACAAUCGAUGAGAGGACACCAAGGUCCCGCAGCGUUCUUGCUGUUGGCCUCUGGACUGGAUAAAUAUGGAUCUGGUUCUCCCAGUCCACUGAAAUACAGCCAUUUGGAUAUUGCAGCAUCGUCUGGAGACCUUCCCCGUCCUGCUACAGGAUCACCUAUUUUAGCUCUGGCAAAAACUUACCUCCUAUAAAAACGGUAUCAGUUCGCACUGUACUUUUUUAUAAUAAGCAUUUUAUUAACAGUUUAUACGCUUUGUUUUGAUUUAAACUUUGCAGUCUUCUUAUAUCUUAUGGUUAUUUUUUGUUUUGUAUUUAAAUUGUAUUUUUCUUGGGAGAAAUAAAAUAUUUUUAUAAAGGCUA